AGCCACCUCACACACCAUCUGCUUGCAUCUUCCCAAUCUUUGCAAAGCAACAACAAUCCUAGCAAGUUAAGCUAAGCACCCAGUUAGCUAAGCUAGCUAUAGCAGCCAUGAAUUCCAAGUUCCAGCUGAUAUUGUCAACCUUCGUUGUCAUUGCCGCUUUCACCCUGCUUCCACGUCCUUGCGCUUCCAUCGAGUUCCACCGCAAGCUCUCCAGCUGGUCCAAUGGCGGAGCUACGUGGUAUGGUGCUGCUAAUGGCGCUGGAAGUGAUGGUGGGGCAUGUGGGUACCAGGCUGCCGUCGACCAGGCACCGUUCUCGUCCAUGAUCGCCGCCGGCAGCCCUUCCAUCUACAAGUCCGGCCUGGGCUGCGGCUCUUGCUACCAGGUGAAAUGCAGUGGAAAUAGCGCUUGCUCGGGCAACCCGGUGACUGUGGUCCUCACCGACGAGUGCCCCGGGGGCCCGUGCCUCAGCGAGCCGGUCCACUUCGACCUGAGCGGGACGGCGUUCGGUGCCAUGGCGAAUCCUGGCCAGGCCGACCAGCUGCGCGCCGCCGGCGUCCUCCAAAUCCAGUACAACCGGGUGCCGUGCAACUGGGGCGGAGUGAUGCUCACCUUCGCCGUGGACGCCGGCUCGAACCCCAGCUACUUCGCGGUGCUCGUCAAGUACGAGAACGGGGACGGCGACCUCUCCGGGAUGGACCUCAUGCAGACAGGGGCCGGCGCCGCCUGGACGCCGAUGCAGCAGUCGUGGGGCGCCGUCUGGAAGCUGAGCGCCGGCGCGGCGCUGCAGGCGCCGCUCUCCAUCCGCCUCACGUCCAGCUCCGGCAAGACGCUCGUCGCCAGCAACGUCAUCCCUUCCGGCUGGAAGCCCGGCGCGUCGUACACAUCGACGGUGAACUACUAAUGAUCGCAAGCACUGCACCACAACUUGCAUAGCUGCAUGUGCAUGUGCACCAUGCAUGCAGCUUUGCAAUACAUAUAUGUCUGCAGGCAAAAGGCAUAUAUAUAUUGGAUCGAUUGGUGCAACAACGAUGUGUACUUGUAAGUGUGAAAUUAAUAACGGCGAGAUACGUACAGAGGAGGAGGCGCAGAUGAUUUACCAGUUCUCCCCUCAUCGCUGCAGUUGUCGUACGUGUCAAUGAUUAUCGUUAUACGUGUUAAUUACUGUGUGUGUGAUCAGUGUUUGUAAUGGCAUAAUAGCCGACCAGUGCUUAUAAACGUGCUACUAUAUAUGAAGUUAUGAACUCAAUUCACAAUUUCAAA